CAUGGCGCAGCCUAUGGUUUGCAGCAAUGUUCAAAGAUAGCUUUAAAUAUUAUAAAAGACGAGAUUAUUAUUUUGAUUUAAAAGAUGUAAUCGACUUCAAUAAACCCGAUUAUAAAAAAGUUACUGAUUUUAGAGGGAAAUUGAUUGACAAACAAUGCAAACACGAAUUGGGGCUAAAAUUAGUAAAAGAUUGGAAGGUCUUUGAAUUUUUAGAUAUACCGGGACUUAUUUUCAUAAAAAAUCCAUUUACCACUUAUGGACAACGGUAUUGGAUUAUAAAAUGCUUAAAACACUACUCUAGAAAACCAUAUAAAUUAAACUUAGAUGCCCAUAACAUUUUGAACGAUAAUGAAGAUUGGUGGGAUAUGUGUUUUGGGAACUCUGACAAAGGUAAAGAAUUAUUGGUAAAAUUAAGAUGGGCAACAUGUGGGUAUCAUCAUAAUUGGGAUACAAAAUUAUAUUCUGAAACAUGCAAAACAGAAAUGCCUACUGAACUGUCAUUGUUGACUACAUUUUUAGCAGAAACAUUGGGUUUUAAAGAUUUUAAAGCUGAAGCAGCAAUUAUUAAUUAUUAUAGAAUGAAUUCAACCUUAGCAGGUCAUACAGAUCAUUCUGAGAUUAAUCUAGAAGCACCCUUAUUUUCUUUAAGUUUUGGUCAAACUGCAAUAUUUUUAAUUGGAGGUCUUACACAAAAGGAUAUAACUAAUGCUAUGUUUUUACAAAGUGGAGAUAUAAUAAUAAUGUCUGGGGAAUCCCGUUUAAGAUACCAUGGUAUACCAAAAAUUUUAUCAGCUAUUGAAACACCAUGGAAUAACGAAGAAGUAAAUGACAAUAAUCAAUAUGAUACAUGUAAUCAAGAUGAUUGGAACAAAGCAAAAAUUUACAUUUCUGACGCUAGAAUAAAUAUUAAUGUAAGGCAAGUGUUGAAACCUGGACAAUUGUCACUGUUGUAA